UUUAUAUUUUUCUGUGACUAUGCAUAUGCAUUACGAACUGGGAUGCACACAUGUUCUGACAUGCAUGUGGAAGGUCACAGGAUGAUACUAUGGAGUUGGUUAUCUCUCUCACUCUACAUGAGUUUCAGCUCAUCAGGGUAGCAUGACAGGCCAUCCCUGUAGACCCCAAGUCUCUUCUUUAUUCCCUUUCUUUAUUCAGCUUCUCUGUUAUCUUUCCUGACUAACCUUCAAUUUCUUUGAAGUGACUGAAAACACAAAGUUCUAGAUAGAUGUACAGUGUGAAAUCUGUUAGAAAUUUUGUUAGGAAAAAAGCUGAUUUCAUGCUUUUCAGACAUUCCUUAAUGUCACAUUUGUUGGUGUUAAUUUUUAAUAUUUUUAUUACUUUUAAUUGCUUGUGUGUGGCAGGAGGAAUCUGUGCAUGUUAGUGCAAAUGCCUUCAGACCCCCUGGAGUUAGAAUGUGAGGCAGCUGUGAAACAUGGGUGUGGGCAGUUGGAACCUAACCUGGGCCCUGUAGGAGAGGCCUGCAUUCUGACUCAAUGAGCCAUCUCUCCAGCCUUACAUACUGUUAUUUAUAAAUAAUGCCACUGUAUUGCUGAUUUUUAUUUGGCACAUUAUGAUUCCCAGACAUUUUAUUCUGUGUGGCCAGAUUGUUUUUGUAACAACAAGUUUCUAUUUUCAAACAGAUCUAGAAUUUUGGAAUGAGUACUUCUGAGUGCUUGGAAAACAUUCCUAAUGGCAAUAUCCCUUCAGUUUAUACUCCUUUACCUCUGUGAGAACUGCUGAUGCUCUGCUGUGGGUUAUAGCUCUACAUUACUAAAACUGUUUAUACUUCUGUAGAAUCCUGAAGCCUUGAUGGACACUGAAGGUGUUUACAGAGGACACCUGAAACAUUUUAGCCUACCAGAUGCUGUACAGGUCUCUAUAGACAGAAAGACUUAUCCUAUCCCCUUAGAGACUGGUGGUGGUAGCAGAGCACUGUGAGCGGAGUUUGGAAGACCUUCUACGGGAAAGGAGACCUGCAAGUCACUCAGCAGUUCUGUGCAUAGCAUAUGAGGUACUUGAGGGCUUGCAGUACUUGAACAAGCAUGGCAUAGUACACCGGGCCUUGUCUCCUCAUAAUAUCCUGUUGGAUCGGAAGGGUCACAUUAAACUGGCUAAAUUUGGACUUUAUCACAUGACAGCCCAUGGCGAUGAUGUCGAUUUCCCAAUAGGGUACCCCUCAUAUCUGGCUCCUGAGGUGAUUGCACAAGGAAUUUUCAAAAGCACUGAUCAUGUGCCCAGUGAAAAGCCAUUGCCCUCCGGCCCCAAAUCAGAUGUAUGGUCUCUUGGGAUAAUUUUAUUUGAGCUUUGUGUGGGAAGAAAAUUGUUUCAGAGCUUGGAUAUUUCUGAAAGACUAAAAUUUUUGCUUACUUUGGGCUGUGUGGAUGAUACUCUAAUCGUUCUGGCUGAGGAGCACGGGUGUCUGGACAUUAUCAAGGAGCUUCCUGAAAAUGCGCUCAGUAUUUUGAAGAAGUGCCUCACCUUCCAUCCGCCUAAGAGGCCAACCCCAGAUGAGCUAAUGAAGGACCAGGUGUUCAGUGAGGUGUCACCUUUGUACACCCCCUUUAUCAAGCCUGCCAGCCUGUUUUCAUCUUCUCUGAGAUGCGCUGAUUUAACUCUGCCCGAGGAUAUCAGUGACGUGUGCAAAGAUAUAGAUGAUGAUUACCUGGCGGAGAGAUCUAUUGAGGAAGUUUACUACCUUUGGUGUUUGGCUGGGGGAGACCUGGAGAAGGAGCUGAUAAACAAGGAAAUUAUUCGAUCCAAACCACCUAUCUGCACACUUCCGAAUUUUCUCUUUGAAGAUGGAGAAAGUUUCGGACAAGGUCGAGAUAGAAGCUCACUCUUAGAUGACACCACUGUCACGUUGUCUUUGUGCCAGCUAAGAAACAGAUUAAAAGAUGUUGGCGGGGAAGCAUUUUACCCAUUGCUUGAAGACGACCAGUCAAGUUUACCGCACUCGAACAGCAAUAACGAGUUGUCUGCAGCUGCUUCCCUGCCUUUAAUCAUCAGAGAGAGGGACACAGAGUACCAACUAAACAGGAUUAUUCUCUUUGACAGGCUGUUGAAGGCUUACCCAUACAAAAAAAAUCAAAUCUGGAAAGAAGCAAGAGUUGACAUCCCUCCACUUAUGCGGGGUUUAACCUGGGCUGCUCUUCUGGGAGUUGAGGGAGCUAUUCACGCCAAGUACGAUGCCAUUGAUAAAGACACUCCGAUUCCCACAGACAGACAAAUUGAAGUGGAUAUCCCCCGCUGUCAUCAGUAUGACGAACUCUUGUCAUCACCAGAAGGCCAUGCAAAGUUCCGGCGUGUGCUGAAAGCUUGGGUAGUUUCUCAUCCUGAUCUUGUGUACUGGCAAGGUCUUGACUCACUCUGUGCUCCAUUCCUGUAUCUAAAUUUCAACAAUGAAGCUUUGGCGUAUGCAUGCAUGUCUGCUUUUAUUCCCAAAUAUCUGUAUAACUUCUUCUUGAAAGACAACUCACAUGUAAUACAAGAGUACCUGACUGUGUUCUCCCAGAUGAUCUCCUUCCAUGAUCCAGAGCUGAGUAAUCACCUCAACGAGAUUGGCUUCAUCCCUGAUCUCUACGCCAUCCCGUGGUUUCUCACCAUGUUCACUCAUGUAUUUCCACUGCACAAAAUUUUCCACCUCUGGGAUACGUUAUUGCUUGGAAAUUCCUCUUUCCCAUUCUGCAUUGGGGUGGCUAUCCUCCAGCAGCUCCGGGAUCGUCUUUUGGCUAAUGGCUUCAAUGAAUGCAUCCUUCUCUUCUCCGACUUACCAGAAAUUGACAUUGAACGCUGCGUGCGAGAGUCGGUCAAUCUGUUUUGCUGGACUCCUAAAAGUGCUACAUACAGGCAGCAUGCUCAGCCUCCAAGGCCGGCCUCUGAGAGCAGUGCCGUCAGAAGCUCAUCAGCGCCUUACUUCUCUGCCGAGUGUACUGACCCUCCAAAAACAGACCUGUCAAGAGAAUCCAUCCCUUUAAGUGACCUGAAAUCGGAAGUGUCACCGCGGAUUUCAGCAGAGGACCUGAUUGAUCUGUGUGAGCUCACGGUCACAGGCCACUUCAAAACCCCCACCAAGAAAACCAAGUCCAGUAAACCCAAGCUCCUGGUGGUUGACAUCCGAAACAGUGAGGACUUUCUUCGAGGUCACAUUGCAGGCAGCAUCAACAUCCCUUUCAGCGCAGCGUUCACAGCGGAAGGAGAGCUCAGCCAGGGCCCUUACACCACCAUGCUGCACAGCUUCAAGGGGAAGGUCAUUGUGAUUGUGGGGCACGUGGCUAAGCAAACAUCCGAGUUUGCAGCUCACCUUGUGAAGAUGAAAUAUCCAAGAGUCUGCAUUCUAGAUGGCGGCAUUAACAAGAUCAAGCCAACGGGCCUCCUCACGGUCCCCUCUCCUCAGAUAUGAAGGACUGAGUGCCUGGCUGACAAGACAGAGUGCCAUCACCCCUCACAGCCCAUCUAACUGGGACACAAGUGGACACCCAGACCACUGCAUUGUGACAUUUUCUCAUUUACUUUUAUAAAUCGUGACUCAAAUGGUCACCUAUCUAGGCAAGAAAUUUGAUUAUACAUGUAUUGCUGAAAGAAUUUCAGUAGUGAAAUCUGAUCAUGAAGUAUUUCCACACUGCCACAUACAGCCAGAGGAAUUCAGCUAACAGGGCAGAUUGAGCACUAUCAAGAGUCCAAGAUGAACUGAGAGAGCUGCCGUCCACUGCCCUGAGCAGACUGUCCUAACAAAGGUGUGCAGAGAAUUUGAUGUAUUCACCACCUCUUGACAGCAAAAAUUAGAAAGCUAGUCACAGUAGAUGUAUUUGGUAACUCACAAACAAGGGUUGUGUCUGUCUGUCUGUCUGUCUGUCUGUGUGGUGCACGUGUGUUUAGUCCAUUGUGAAAAGUGGUAGCAGAUUCUCAGAGAGUGGAAUUUCAGAGUCUGGCCAUAUUUGAUAGCAUAUUUGUCCACAUCCUAUAGCAGGAAAUUGAAAGAAUGACUCAAACAGCUUUUCUGAUCUAGCACACUCAAGUCUUCAUGGACAGAGACUGCUUCCUUACCCACAUAAUGGUACAGAGCUGAUAUCUCCUACUGCUUUACUACAGAGGAGUUCUCUUCUUGUGAAUAAAAACAGCUCCUUAGACUGGGGCAACAUACACAGGUCUAAGCCAGGUGGUCUCCCGGUGCUGAGAGGGGGAAAUGGACACAAGCCCUGCCCCUCACUGAGACGCUAUCUCCCGUUGAUAACCACUCUCAAAGAAACAAAUAGUUUCUCCAAAGGAGUCUCACUGUGGAUACAAACCACACUUAGAGUCAGACUCCAUGCCCGCAGUAGAUGACCAGCAAAUAUGAACUCAAGUGUAGUUUUAGAUUUUUUUAUCUGAUACUGCUUUGUUUGGGCAUUUUUUUUCCUUUAUUUUUUAUAUGGUAUUAUCUCUGAUUUUGUGUUUUUAUUGGUUUUGUUUGUGUGUAUGUGUAUAUAUGUGUAUUUCUUUGUGCUAUUUUUGUUUGUUUUGUUUUAUUCUGAUUUGUUUUCUAAAUAAUGAAAAAGAAGGCAUAGAGUUGGAAGGGUGGCAAAUGGGAGACAAUAAGGUAGAGGAAACUGUGAUCAGAAUGAAUUGAAGAAAAAUUAUUUUCAAUUAAAAAAACCUGGCUCCUCAGCUCCCAUCAUUAUAUCUGCAGUCUAGAAGAACGAAAUGAAAGAGGGAAGGAGAGACAGAAAGAAGGCAGAGAAAUAAGGAAGAAACGUCAACAGGGAAGGGAAGAGUUAUUUCCCUUCCCUUCAAAGACAUGGGCUGAUGCUGGCAUUCUCCCUCCACAGCCAGAAUGGUGGCAGGCCUGGACACACAUGAUGGCACCCAGGGAAUGGUGAGGGAAGCUGAGGUUGCAGGCCCUGGCUGAAAGCCAUCUCCCCAGCUCCGAAAGCCGUCUACAGUGUGAGGAGAAGAAAACAUGUUCAAGCUCUAUAGAAUCUAAAAAUCCACAAUUGUAUGAUACCACAAAUAUGAAAACAGAAAAACUAAGGCAUUUCAUCAUUUGUAAGAGGAACUUUUUUCAGAUUUCUGAAAUGGCAACGUAUAUAAUAAGUGAAAUAUGUCCUUUGACUAUUUGCAGUGUUGUUUCAAAAGUGGUCACUCCGUCAGUGUGAAGGCUGUCUACUCUGAACAGUAACUUCAGGCCCUAAGCCGUGAUUUCCUGCUGCUGUUGCUGUCUUUAUUUUGUUUGCAUCUGUUUUUAAUUUUGUGAGUACGGACGUGUGGGUUCAGGUACCUGUGCAUAUGGUGUCAUCUACUCAUUCUCCAACUUUCUUUGGUAUUUUUGAUGUGGGAUGUAGACUAGAAUGCUAAUUAACUUACCAAUAGGCCAGCAGGACCUGAGGUCCUGCUGUAUUCAACCUCCAGCACUAGGACUACACACAUCACCACCACGCCCAACUACUUAUUGGGUUCUGGGCAUCUGAACUCAGGUCUUCAUACUUGAAAGGCAAGUGCUCUACCCACUGAGCCAUCUCCUCAGCUUGCGUCUAUGUAAAAAUAUACUUUGCAAACUAUAAAAUUUACCUUUUUAUUAUAAGUGAAUCAGUCAUUUAUUAAUUCGUAACAUUGUACUGUAGUUACCUCUAGUAUUUGAUUCCAGAACAUUUUCAUGACCCCAAACCAAAAUACUGUAUUUAUUUGCAGCCAUUUUCCAAUAACCUCUACUUGGUCUUUGAUUUCAGUUUCGUGCUUGGAGUAAGACAGAGACUUUUACAUGAAGAUAUCCAGGUCAAUUAAAUUAUACUUGGUUAUUCAUCAAACAUCUUUUGAAUUAUCUAUUAUGUAAGAUACUAAUGUGACCAAUAACUAUCAUUUUGUGAUCCUUACAUAAUUUGUAAAGAAAAACAAGCAGACUUGGAAAAAAAUGACUACCAUUGUCCAACACCAUUUUAGAUCAACAUGAACCUUGUCAGUGCCCCUGGUUUUCCUCGGUCUUUGGUGGUUUAACUGUCUCCAUAGUAAGAAUGCAGCACUGAAAAUCACCUCAGAAGAAUUGCACCAGAUCUUAACUUUCUCUUACUGAUAGAGCAGAGAAGGGGGAACAGAGUGGCCAAGGUUUGACUGAGCAGAGUGACAAAUGGGAGAGGACGAAGACAUGAGCAUUGUAAGGGAAAUGUUCUAACGUAACAUUCAGAGUGUCUAAUAUUGUCAACUUGACAGGCUCUACUCUCACCUAGGAGACACUCCUCUAGGCGUGUCUGUGAAGGAGUUUCCGUAUUGGGCUAAUUGAAGUGGGAUGCCCCACCCUAACUAUGAGUGGUCCUAUUUCAGUAGCUGCAGUUCAGGAUGGAACAAAGUAGGAAAAGAACACUGAGCUCUGUCAUUCAUCUCCCUGUGUCCUGACUAGGAUGUAAAGUGGCCAGGCUUCUGUUAUCACUACUUUCCUUCUUUGAAAUUCUGUAUGCUAAAAGUGUGAGCAAAAAUACCCCCUAUUCUACGCUGUUUCUGUCAUGUUUGCCCCAGAAACAGAAAAAGUAAUACAGCAUGCUAACCUGUUGCAGAUCAUAUCAAUAAAGUUGACCUUAGCAACUGUUCUUAAA